AUGUCCACCCCGCCCUCCGGAUCAGAUGCCACCCUCCGCCUCGCCCGCGGCACAGCCCUCCUCCUCUCCUCCCUCUCCUCGGGCAUCGUCCUCUCCCUCUCCGCCUUCCUCGUUCCGCGCCUGCUCGAGUCCCCCACGCCGCUCAUGCUCGCGCAGUGGCAGCGCACCUUCCAGCUGGGCGCCUCCACCAUGCCGCUCACGGGCGCCGUCUCCGCCGCGGCCUACUUUUGGCUGGGUUUACGCGGUCUGCGCGCGCCGGGAGGGGCCAUCGUUGUCGCCGGCGAUGGGCUGUCUGGUUUGUCCAGGGCGAGACUGUUAUUAGCCGCCGGUGCGCUGUCGGUGGGGAUUGUGCCGUAUACGAUACUGGUCAUGAGCGGGACGAAUGGGAAGUUGAAGGCUUUGAGGGAGAGGGUUGGUGGUGCUGCGGUGAAGAAGGGGGCAGAAAGGGAAUUGGUUGCGGAGGAAGAAAGAAGUGCCAAGUGGUUGGUGGAUCAUUGGGGAAUGUUGAACUUGGGGCGGGCAGGGUUGUUGAUUGCGGGAACGGUUUGCGGGUUGGUAGCGACUCUGUAA